CGUCAGAAAAAUUAAAUUUCUUAAAUUAUGCGAUUUGUCACUAGAUUCUGAAAGAACAACGUCCAAGAGGGCUCUGACUUGCCAAAAAUUAGGAUUUCGAGUUUGGUCGACCCAAAACAAAUUUAAAGGGGUUUGUAUGCAGUUUUCAGAGCACAACUGGACUAAUAUCUCAGAGAUAAAUUGCCACCAAAUGCUAAUUUUUGGCAAGUAGGCCUAUUGGAUGGGGACCCUAUUGGAUGUUGUUCUUUCAGAGUAUCCUGGCAAAUCCCAUAAUUUCACGCCAGUCUGUCCUAAACAGGGUCUGUAAUUUUAUGCGAGUCUGUCCUCCUGACAGGGUAUAUAAUUUCGCAGGAGUCUGACCUAAGAGGAGUAUAUAAUUUCACGCGAGUCACAAACAGGGUAAAUAAUUUUGUGCGCCGGAGUCUGUCCUAGUCAUAAACGGGAUGAAGUUUGUUUGUGCUCCAAGUAUACAAAGGCAAUGACUAUAACGUGAAUUUGCUUUGCAGUUGCGGAUAAAUGGCUUGAAAACAAGACGGCCUACAUUUUUUCCUUUGUCCUAAUUAAACAGGGUAACAAAAUUGAGGGUGUUGUCCUAAACACAGGAUAUAUAUUUUAGGAUUUUUUUUUCAGGGUUUCAAACCCUCAGCGGCGACUCACUUAUGCCUAAUAGUGGUCGAGUACCCCCCACCCCCCGGCUAGCUUACGGCGGGCAGCCCUGAGUGAACUCGGCUUAAGCUUUAAGGGAGUCUAAUUUGUUAAUUGCUACUUGCAUCGACAUUCCAAAGGAUUUUCUGGCUGCAGAAGAAUUGUUUCCAAGAGGAUCGCACCCUAAAACCAGGCUCCGCUGUGGGGAAAAAAUGGCGUAAAACGGAGUGAAGCGGCAUAAAAAUCGCGUGGACUGCUUGGACCCUUUUCCCUCCCUGGACUAUACCGCUUGGCUUGGCUCGCCGAUUUUUUUUUCCCUCUCGUUUGAGUUUUCCCCCAGUUGCGGAGCCCGUCCCAGUCUAAACUGAUCGCUGUGUAAGAUUUUGUUUUUCCAAUUGGUCAUCAUUUAAAUAAAGAAAGAUUGAAGAUUGAAGAUUGUACUUCCAAAACCCUCUUUCCCUUUCCCUUCCCACCCCACUCAUAACUUUUCUUAAAACUAAUGAAAAUAACGUCACACGGAGGUCAAGUACAUCAUGUCAUGUCUGUAAAAUUCCUGCACGUACAAGGAUACACAUUACUUUCAGUUCGACUUCCCCUGCUACUCCUCUUUCAUUUACUGUCUCGCUGUGCGUUUGUUGUCUUUCAAGCAAAGCUGCCGAAAGUAAGUGCAUAUAAUUGAUUUUUUUCAAUUAUUGAGUGUUGUUUCUAUCUUUCAUCAAAAUUUAUAUCUUUCUUCUUUUUCAAAAUACACUACUUCUGUUAUUCCGGGAAUUGUCAGCAAAACUAUUUUCUGCGUUGGCUCAGCUAAAAGAACUUUGCUUUGUGGCAUGCAUUAGGUUUUUUAGUUAAUAACCUGUCUCAGGUUGCUGAAACCAGGGCGAUGAUUUGGCGUAGCUGUGUACCAAAACGGGUUCAAAUAUAGAUAUCUACCUCUUUUAGCACAACGACGUGUGAUGAGUAUGCGUAUUUUUUUCUUGUCCUUGUCGGGACCGGGGGUCGAGACUAUUGGUCCUAUUGCUGACCCGACAUAUUGCAGCUAGACUGGAUACCACAGAAUAAGCAGUUGUCCACUGACUGCAUUAGACGCCACUGUAGCCUUACCAGACUCACAAACCAACUGACUUAGACUCAUUUCUGUUGUGUUGUAUUCAAUUAAUGACUCAAUUUGUCCCGUUCAUAAGUGACUCACGUCACGGACCGGCUGGUGAUCCGCUACUGUACCCUCCCGGAAAAAGUUUACUUGCUGAAGCGAAGAUUUUGAAUAUUAAUAUCAUAAUGAAAAUUCGUUUUGUCGACUGUGUUCCGAGGUACAAUCAUUUCAUCUGUCAUUUUUCUUACACGGCGCAGCGUACAAGAUUUAACGAUAUGUAUUUUAUUCCCCCGGCAUAGUAUGUCAAAGGAUAAUGUUAUGGUUAAGCAAUGGGCGAAAAAAAACAAUAACUAACGACGUCUUGAGAAAUAAUCUGUUUAGUCUUGACUAGUAAUAGUAAGGACCCUGAUCCCCAAGCGGGAGUUGCAGAAUUCCAUGCUUUAAGCAAGUGACUGAAGUGAUUGCUCAAACGGGAUACCGUAAGGCUGUUUUUGUUUAAACUCAACCAUUCCCGCCCUUUGAGUUCUUUGAUUAAAAAGCAGGAAUAAAUGUGUCAUCUAUCAAGUAUCGUUCCCGCAGCUGUUUGUUUAUUCCGAAUAUACAUUACCGCAAACAUUGAAUGCAGUAAUUGGUAUAGUUACAAGAGAUAACGUCAUUAGUGACAUGACUCUGUACAGUAUCGUAAAUGAUCCUCAACCACAAGUGAUCCUCAGACUGCAAAUGAUCCCCAAAAUUGACCGGAAAUGAUCGUGCCACCGCAAAUAAUUGCCACUGUGAUCCCGUGAAAAGUAGAGGAAUGGAAUGGAUUUCGGGCAUAGAACAAAGAAAUGAAUAAAACUGUAAAUACGCCGAACUGUUUCUUUUGGUAAUUUUUUCUCCUUUCUUCAGUCAAGCAUUUGAUGCUUCGUUGCUGUGAAAAUUUAGGAUAGAAGGGACGUCAAGAAGGAAACUUGCCUUUUAUUUUAACGACUAGGAAUAGGGAAAUGUGACCCAAGUAUUUAUCACUCUGUAGAGGUUUUAGCAACUACAGCUCGUGAAAAUGUUGCGUCUAGUGCUAAGCACCCUGUCGGUGCAAACCUUCAUUUUUUUCGUGCUUUGCUGCUGGAGACAGAGACAGUUACAAAGAUACAAAAUCAGCAAAUUCAAGUUUUUAUGUCAUUUUAUUGUAACGUUUAAUAAAUGAAAAUGAUAUAGUCAUAAUAAAGCAAAUCAGUUUCGAAACAUUUCAAUUUAAGGCCCUUUUAAUUUCUACCCUUUUAUUUACUUUAACAGUCAAUUCCCGGUGUUUGAUAAACCUCAAUAAAAGCCUGAAAAAGGUUCCCCUCUCGGGCAGAGCCUCCGGGUAUAAACUAUUAUUAAUAGGACUUAUAGGGAGGCUACUAAGCCCCCCCUCCUCCCGGGUGUACUGAGCUUCAUUGAAAAGCUUGCUUGCUUCUAUUUCUAAAACUAAACGUAAGAAAAUUUUCUAGGGCUUGAUGAAGACCUGAAUGCACAAUAAAACAGAGCUGCACAAGUUUAAAUUUGAUUUCAAGUCGAUUGCCUAGUGAAUUGGUGGCAGUUGUUUGCACGGGUGAUCGUUCUGUUGGUAUAUUUUAGGAACGUUUUGUUGCAAUACAGUACAGAAAACCCGCGACUAAAGGCCCGUUUACACGACCGAAAAAAUUGGAACGACCCGGAUAAAAAGACGAACGGCUCCGACAAAAUUCGACGUGUAAACGGUACUUGACCCGUUCCAGUUGUAUCCGUUCCGUUCCUAAAAAGGUCCAUAGGCGGCUAUGGACCCCUUUCGGGACGGAAACGAUAAAAAACGGUUCCGUACCCACAUUUUUGUUUUCUUUUCAACGUGUAAACGCUCGCCCUUUUUCCGGUACCGUUCUGUUACGUUUUUUAUGAGCCCGUGGCGCUCCACGUCAGUUGUUUAGCGUACGUCACAUGCGUGUUAGAAGAAGAAACUGGAAAUUAUUCUUCGACACUCGGAAGCUAGCAUACCACUGAUCGUCAGAGUAAGUGCUGUAUGUAAGAUCAAACCAAGUGCUUGUUCUUGGAAUUUGCCAGAAGCUCCUUUCGACUGAGAAGUGCGAUACAUGGGCUGUUAAUAGGAGAACCGUGAUGGUUUUCACGGUGACGUCAUCAGAUUGCAGAGUCAAAAAAGCGUGGUUUUACGAAUUCUUAUUCGGACUAGGUUGAAGAUUAAUAAGAAAUAAAUCUUUGUACAAGUUUCCAGCCCCCAAGCAUGUUUCAUUUCGAAAAUACAGCAGUUUGAACUUCCGAGUUUUCACAGUGCGUGACACCAAAAUAGGAAUGUUAUCUCCUUCAAAAAAGUCUCUCCGCUUGAUUUUCAGCAGUUUAACCAUUUCAAGUAUUAGAAGAUAUGUUAAUGCGCAAGUAUGCUAGUUCUCGAGUGAAAAGGAGGAGCUUUUAUAGAAAAAGUGAACUCCAGAUGUUUUUGUUGAUUUCCGGCGGCCAUAUUGGUGGAAACUGUCCACCAAUAUGGCGUCUCCAUACAAAGCUCUACAAAGGUGCGUGAAAUGUUUCGGCAACUAACUCAGGAACUGUGGGCCACAAAGACCUGAGAUUUGGACAAAUUGUUUAUAUAUUAGUCUUUUAUAACAUUUCAUUUUCUUGGCUUCUUUCACUGGACGGUUUCAAAUGCAUUUUUUUGUGCCGUGUUUAUUGCGUGACAGUGAAAACGAAGAAUUCGGUACAUUUUCACAAGAACUUCUUCGACGAAUCGCAGGCGCUGUCAAACGUGAAUUUCGUGUUCUCUUCUUUAGAAGAAACUAGAAAAGUGCUUGUAUACCUGCAUCCAUGAUUGUCGGAGAUACGCACAGUCUACUGUAUGUAUAAGCGCAUAUGAACAACUAAUCGAAGCAGUUUUAUUUAAUUAUAGCGGGCUCUAUCGUUACCGGUCUCGAAGAAAACAACGAGUAAACAGUCUAGUACCCGUUCCAAGGGGCUCUCAAGUACCGUGACUUUUUCUGUCGGGCACAUUACAAAAUUUGUACGUGUAAACAGGAGAUUUCGUCUGGAACCGGUACUUGUUUCUAACCGAGCCGUUCCUGCUCUUUUAACGUGUAAACGGAGUAUAAACCUGCAUUUUUCAGAGUUAGCUUAAACAGGUUCUUACAUAAAUGGUAAUUAGCGCAAAUUUAGGCUAUUUAGGUUCUUAAAUAGGUUCUUAUAUAUUUCCUUUAAAAGAGAGUAUUUAGUAGUAUUUAGCUUAUUCGCGAACAAAAUCCGGCAUACUAUUUAUACAAUCAACUGUACAUGGCAGCUGGACGGAGAAUUCUUCAAAGAGGAUCCUGAAUGCUGACUAAUCAUAUUUGCUCAAUCCGGCUUUUUGUAUUUCUUUUUAUAGAUUUGAGAAAAUAAAAAUCUGUUUCAAAAAUAGGUAGUCGAUGACUACAUGUGGCUACUACUGGAGGGUAGAAUGAAAAUUGGACAGGCUGAAUUCCUUUUAUUAACUGAAUUAUUAAUAAUAUGUACAAGCCCUCAGGAUAACAGACAUUAAAAGAAAUAUCAUAAAGUAAACGAUAGUUAAGAUUUAAUGAUGGAUAAAAGUUCCCGAAUAUUCAUUUUAACUGAUAACGGUCUGAAACAACAACAAACAGUGAAGUUUUUUUUAAGAAAAGGUAUCGCGUUUAAAUCUGCCUCCGAAUGUCUAUCAAGAGACUAGCUGAUCUGUGAAAUUAUGCCUUUUGAAAAUGUUUUGAACAACCACAACGAAGAAUAGGUGGCCUGUUUGAAUCUGCUCAAAAUUAAUGUGCAUGAAUUGCAUCAUAUUUAAAAGGUCAACGGACUGAAGAAUUCCUAAAAAAAUGCCUUUUGAACCAUAAAAGUGUGAAAACACAACAAUAAAUACCACUUCCGUUCGGCUGAAAAUCUCUGCAAAGCUUGAGUGAAGCCGAAAACCGCUUUGGGCAAAAACACUUGAAAGGUAAAUUAAGAGCUGUACCUGGUGGUAGGUACCAAAUGGCACAGAAUUAUUAUCAGAAAGAGAGAGGUCUCACCUUGAAAUGCACUCAACAAGACAGAAGCCAAAAACCAAGAAGCACAUGGAAAGUAAAACUACUUUUACAAACGAUGAUAUUUCAACAAGGCGCGCAACACCGUCGCUGCCGAUCGCUCACCUUCGCGUCGACGAUAACUCCCGACUGUGAAAGACAUGAGUUUCGAAACACAGCAGACAUUUUUCUCGUUCCCAUUAGCGAAAACAACUAGCAGUAACAGCGACAGUGAGGAAUUUGAACAAGAAAGUCGAGACAUUUUAUACAGAUUGGAAAAACAGAGCCAUCUUGCCCGUAAAGAACACACCAGAACCAUAUGGAAACCAAGAUCAUACUCGAAUGGUGACGAACAGACGUGGGGAAGCUUAUCUCGUGGUGAAAGGGAAGGUGAUGGAACUUUGGAGCCACAAAAUUAUGCACCCAUUGCAUUAAGCAAAGAACGUGAAAAUAACCGAAAAUGUCUACAAUCUCGCGAUAAAAAUAAUGAUGAACAGAUUUCUCCAAACGAAGAAAGCGCAGGCAGUGAACAAGAGGACAAACAAGCUUUCCUUCAGAGUGAAGGAAGGUUUAAACAUCAGGGUAUCUCAGAACGUAAAACUGGUCGUCGACAGCGCAGUCGCAGUAUUAGUUUUGAUAGACGCAGAAGCAGCUCUCAAGAGAGUGAGCGGAACCGGAAGUCACGUCAUCACCAUCGUCAUCAUCAUCAUCGACACCAUCAAAAAAGAGACGCGAGGCAAUCGGAGAGAAACAUUGUCGAGACCGAGAAAGAUCAGGACAUUUCAAGCGACUGACUUAAUUGCGUGUAAACUGCUCAAACAUCGGUGAGAUCGUGAACGUAAACAGCACUUCAAUUUUCAAUGUACAAUAUUGUGUACGUUUCUCUGUAGAAACAGUCGAAAAUGACACUAAAACGUGAAAAAGGAAGUUAUAUCUUGAGACAAAUAAGAAACGAACUCACAUCCGUUCAAACUUUUUCCAACUUUUCUGAAACUUUAAUUCAAACUCCUCUCUAAAGAGAGGAGAACAGGCAUUUAUUCAUGACUUAUCCUUUAACGACAUAUUUAUUGUCUUUCAUACUUGCAUCAAUUUUCCCUUUUGGCGUCUACUUAUCGUAAACUGCCGCUUCUACAUCUUGGUAAGGGGUUUUAGAAGGGUUUAUAAACCGAGGGGCUUACAUCCGAGGGAGCUUAUCACAGGAAUAGAAAACGCUUCGAAGCAAUCUACAGAAGUGCUAGUCAAAAUAAGUUUGCAUUUACUGGUUUUAACUAAGCGUCAAAAGGUCAUAAUAAAUCGAAUUCAUUUCAAUACAUUUGGGGGGGGGGGGGGGGGAUUAUAAUCGGAUGUAUUUUUUUUUACAGGUAGAUAGGCCUAUAGCUGGUGGGGGGUGGGGAGCUUUAUAAGCGGCUGGUUGCAGUAUAUCCAGGAUCGAACCCUAAUGAGAUGCACUAUCAUUAUCAUAGCCAUCACAAAGUGUCCUAAUGAACAGAACAUCAUCAAAAUACAUGCAAUUCGAUCAAAUAUGAAGUAGUGUAAAAAUGAGAAAGAACCCAGUCAAAAAUGAAGUAUUUUAAUACAAUGUGCGUUUAAUCUUGGAUAUAUUAACUAACUCUUACAGCCAGUUUUGUGUUUUUACGCCGCAGGGGGCUCAGGCUUCUUUGAAAUCCUUUAAUACACAUGUACAGGCUCUUGAUAUGUGUUAUUGACCAAGCGUGAGAUCAAGAAGGCUGGAUAUUGAUCAAGUUCUUGUUUGCGCAUUCACGGAUCAAAAAAGACGAUAAUAACGCAAAAAAGAACGAGGAGGCCAAUAUCCAGCCAUCUUGCCCGAACAAGCUGGGACAAUAAGGGAUUUAUUUCAUGGCCAAAAAGAUAUCAUUUUCUUGCUGGACCAAGGCGGAAAAUGUCGAAAGGCAAGAUGGGCACAUCUUUCAGGCUCAGUCGAGUAGCCAAUCAGUACACAGGUUUCGCGUCAUAUUGCCGGCUCGCGGAUUCAGCCAUGCUAAUAAUCCUUAAAAUAGCCGGGGUGCCCUGUUGCUGGGGGUGCAUCGUUUGCCUGUUUCUGUUAAAGCAAUCCAGAUUUUUAUUUGCGUGAUCAACUUUUCAACGCGCAGUAUAAAACGCUGUCGGAAAGCAUCAAAAGUCUUUCAUGUUUUAACGCCUCCGGGGAUUUAAAUUAACCUGUUAUUAACUGUCCCAGAAUCUUUGAGGAAUGGUAAGCAAGCAAUAUUCCGAAACCGCGUUAUUUUAAUUGUGACCUAAAUCAUAGAACUCUUUUGACCCAUAAAAGGGUGUCGUCCGUGUCUAUUUAUAUCAACAUGCUAUAAAGCCAGAAAAUAUAAUAUCAUUGUUUUCUAGCUUCACGGCUAAAAUAUUUCGUAAAUGCACUAGCCCCCAAAAUUCCCGCGCUUUCUGGUGAAAACAAUCCAGUUUAACGCUGAGAAACUGGCUCCAGUUGUUUAUCCACCGGAGAAAUCGUUAUCCAAAGGACAUAAAGUAUUAGGGACACCAACUGCACUAUCCGUUUGAUAGAAAUUUGUCCAGUGGAUAGCGUUAUCCACCUUUUGAACGACUGGGGCCUGGAGAUUAAACACAAAGGCGGCAAAUUUGUGUUCCAGGAAAAAUACACGUUUUAAUGCCAACAGUCUUUGAUGCAAAAAUGCUAAAAGGAAGAAGCCAAGAAAAUAGGGACCGGAGAGAAGAAUGAAAGAUAAAAGAGGCGGAAGGUCUGGACCCCUUGUUUCCCCACAAAAUAGAGUGUAAUUUUAAAAAUAAGCAGCAAAACCGAGGUUUAGGGAACACGUCACAUGUCAACAGAAUGUUUGAUGGUGUAAAUGCAGGGAGAAGGGGCUACUCACGAUAAGGCUUACAUAGUUUUAUAUACUAUUUUCACUGAAAAGGUACCUCUUUCGUAUACAGUUCCAUUGAAAAUACUGCCCGGCCUUUAAAUGUCUACCUAAUAAGAAUGAAUCGCUAAGACAGGAAGUCUUUGUCAUUUUAGAGUAACGUUAAUUUAAUAAAUGAAAAUGUUUGUACCCUUUUAGACCUUAAUGUACUUCAACAGUGAUUUCACUGUCUUUGAUAAACCCUAAUUAAAGCCUCAAAAAUCCGGGUACCCCUUUUCAGGCAGAACCUCCAAGAAUAAGCUAUUGUAGGAAGCCCCUAAUCCCCCUUCCCCGGGUGUAAAGCGUCGUUGUGAAAGCCGGCGGUUCUCCUAAAUUAAAUUUGACUUCAUAGACUGGUCUCACGCUUGCUACUAAUUCUAAAUCUAAAUGUGGGACGAUUUUCUAGCUUUGCUUGAUGAAGACCUGAAUGAAGAAGAAAAUAGUAUGGCACAAUUAAGUUUAAAUUUGAUUUCAAGUCGAUUAUCUAGUGAAGUGACUGUAGUUGUUCUGUACGGGUGGUAUACAGUAAAAACCCGCAACUAAGGACCUGUAUUUUUCCAAGUUAGCCUAAACAAGUUCUUACAGAAAUGUUAAUUAGCACAAAUUUGGGCUAUUUAGGUUCUUAUUUUCUAAAGAAAAAAUAGAUUAUAGCUAAGAGUAUUUAGUGGUAAUCAGCUUAUUCUCUAAUAAAAUCUGCAUAGGUAUUCAGCUCUGAUUCCCUAAUAAAAUCUGCAUCUCAUUACAUUCAGCUGUACAUUGCUGUUGGACGGGUAAUUCUUCAAAGAGGAUCUUGAUUGCUGGCUUAUCUCAUUUGUUCAAUCUUACUGCGUUUCUUCUUAUGGAUUUUAGAAAAUAAGAACCUGUUUCAAAUUUUUAGCCUGCGCGCAGGCUAAAUUAAACUCUGGUUAACUCCGGUACUAAUAAGAGUUUAGUUAUCGUCUGCACGCAGGCUACAAAUUUUAGGCUUAACAGGUUCUAGCUGGUUCUUGUAUAGAAGGGGCCUAACUGGUAAAUUUAGCCUAAAAGGUUCUUAAAAACAAGGUUCCUAAGCCGCGGAUUUCUACUGUAUCUCAAUACCCUUUCCGUGAAAUUUUCACAUCAUAAAACUAAAUUCCUAACAGCAUCUUUUUACCACUACGAUGGAGACCGAAACAGGAACAGCUGAAAACUAAUAAAUGGGUUUGUUUUAGGAGCGGAUGUUAUUUCCACGGUUGGUCGAUAAUUUUUUGAUAAUUAUAAGACUAAAGAAUGACUUGAUUGAUCGAGGUCGGCUGUGACUAUUCAAUUCCUUUACAAUGAUUUAAUAAAGUACCCGUCGAUAUGAUCAAGUUUUUAUUUUUCGUACAUUUAUAUCAAGUUUUUUUACCCAAAACAAGCAAACACGUGUUUCACUGUAGGACACACGAACGCGGAAUUCACUGGAAACUCAAAAGGAACAGAGAAAUUAUGAUUAGUAAUUCACUUGAGGUACAAUCAUUAAAGUGUAACGAGGAUUGUUAACUGCUGUCUCACUUGGGGACUGAAAUCAACAUUCAUUAAUAUAACUGGCGCUAGAUAUCAAAGAAGCCAUCAAGGGGGAUGAAACUCAGUUAGGAUAUGAUGAUCUGUGCCUGUUAAGUCUUCCGCUUUUUAUGGACUCACUGGGCUUACAUAAUAGUCUUUUAAGUUAAUUGUUAGUCUUUCUUCCAUUCAAUAAAUGUUAUCUUUGUCAUUAGUGAGUCAGCAAAAACACAAUGGCCAACGCGGAAUAAAAACAAAAUUCCAAGAAUAUUUUUGUCUGGAUGACUCCAUAAAAGAAAAUAGUGGACAGUAUAACAGUCAGUGAAGUUCAGCACAGUUAACGUUCUUCGUCACCAUUUAAACGCGCAGUCUAUUCCCAUUUAGUCCGGCAGCCGGGUAAAUUCUUCAAUACAGAGCAGGUAAGGACGAGAACUCUAUCUAAAAGUCUUCUUUUUUUUCAUAAACAUGUAUAUCUCGUAGUUUCUGAUCUGACUUGUCUUAGCAAACUUUAAAGAGUUACUUCUGACUGAAUUUGUUCAUAUUGGAUUGAAGUUUACUUUCCAACUUGAGUAAUGGAUAAUGUUGGGGGAAGUUGUAUCUCUAUAGCUUUAUCAUUAAUAGUCUGAUAUCAGUUACUAACUUGUGAAAUAGAUAGCAGACACUUCUCCACAGUAUUACUCUCUAAUUUCAUUACUUUCUUUUGCUUAGUCGUAAACUAUUGAGCACUAAUUGUUACGAGAUACUACGUGUUACAUAAAAUCACUUGAUCAAACUAUCUCGUUAACUAUCGGCAAUCGCAAGUUUCUUUUUUCCUAUAAAUUCUCUUCUGUACGUGCCCGAAGUCUGACAACAUUAAUUACCGUCUUUAAGAUGGGUCUUCAAGCCACCCACCUUUUACUGAAGCGCAAAGUUCUAUCUGAAGCAAAGCAAAAUUUAUGCCUUUUGAGAGCAACUACACAGUAAAUAAGGCCAUCUAUGAAGUCAUUAGCACGGUUGUAGAUACACUAGAAUUAAGAACGAUGAAGGAGUUAUUUUUGGUGGCCGUCAGCGGGCUUUUGUUGUGGCUCGUCUACUCAGCAGUGGAACUGAGGUCUUGUUUGUUGUUUGUAUACUGCGAAAAAACAAAUGAGCCAAACGAACCGCUCGAUGUCUGGUGAAGAGUGCAAGUGGCCCUGCAUUCUAUCAGUGAAUUCAAGCCGAAUUUCGAGUUGGCAAGCAUAGAAGUUAAGAAAGAUGACAGAUUUUUACUUGGAAUAAAGAGUUUAACAGUAGUUCUUUCAAUUUAACUAAAACAGUAUUGAAAUUCAGUUGAGAAUCACCUUGGGCCCAAAAUAACAGAAAAAAUAUCUCUGCGUAGGAGCUUAUUGAUUUAGAUAUAUUCAUUGAAAGCACUGAGUUGUAUAUAGUUAGAGCGGUUUUCACUUGACUGUCGAAAGGGAUUGGUUUUGGUUUUACUAAGCCCUUUGGUUGGUUAGUGUAUUUACUUUGGUUUUGGUUUUAGGACAGUCAAGUGAAAACCGCUCUAUCUUAAAGUGUGUUCACGGCACAACUGACUGGAAAGGUCUCAGUGAAAGAGUUCAGUCAGAGGGUGGUCUUAACGUGACGGUAGUUAAGGAGCGAUGACCGGGUAUCGAAAUGAUUCUCCCUAAGAUAUCAAUUGAAAUUCGUUCCUUACAUCGCUCGCCUUUCAGUUUGGAGAAAGACUUAGUUUUUUGAAACAGAAUGUUGAAAUUCUAAGACUGAAAAAGACCAUGAUCCUGAAAAACGUGCCUCGCUCACGAGGAGCUGAAGGAGCAAAGGAUGAGUACGAAAAGGAUCUUCAGUAUAAUAGUUAGUUUUAUACCAACUCAUGCCAUUUAAACUCAGAAAGUUCUGAGUAUAGGCCGCAAACCGAGAAUUAACAGGAAUACAGUCGUGUUGCUUUAUAAACUUUGUCAAUGUUAUGUCAAGUCUUCAUAUUUGUAUGAUAAUUCUUAAACUGACUGAAACGCACAAAUAGGUACAUAUAAUAUUACGUAAAAUCACUGAAUAGCACAUUACGAUUUCCAAAUCAGAACUCGGGGAAAAAAAAUCAGAAUUUUCUUGAACAUUGCCCUGAAAUAAACAACAAAUAAACGAAUAAACCCUGAAAUAUUAGUCAAGAUAUAAGUAUGAAGCGUUCGUUGUUGUAGGAGACCGUACGUUUUUCAAUUAAAUUGAUCUCACGCUUCGGCAUCUUUCUGAAACUAAACGUGGGACAAAAAGUUUUUUCUAGCUUUGCUUUUUAAACAUCUGAGAGCAGAAUAAAAAAGUACUGCCAAGCUGAAAUGUGAUUUCAAGUUUUUCAGUAAAAAAGUGUCGUUAUGAUUUCAACGGUUGGUCGAAUAUUUCAAGGAUGAGGCUUAAAUAAUUGAGCGUCUUGUCGCGAUACCUCACUUUUCUUUACAUGACAUUUUCUCUAAUAAAACUAAAAUCCUAACAGUUUUAUUUUACCGCUACUACUGAAGCGAUGGAGACCGAAACAGGAAAAAUGCAGCUCAAAACUAAUUAACAGUAUAGAUUUAUUUUAGCAGCGGAUGUUAUGUCCACGUUUGGACGAUAAGUUUUAGUUAAUUUUAGACUUACCGUUAAAGUCUCUAUUAAGGUGGCCCGAACCAUAUUUAUAUGCGUGUUGGUUAUGUUUUUGAUUUGCGUUUUUCAGAAUGAAAGAUUCAACCGAUUUCUACGAUUUUUGGCAUACCAAAUAAAUAAUGAUGGAACUUUAAGAAAAUGUUAUUUGUUUUCUUGUAGAUGUAAAAACCUUUGAGAUAUCGGCAUAUAUAAAGCCACAUUUUUACUAAAAAUCCAAAGAACUUCGAAAUCCCACGACAGAUUUUUCCCUAACUUCAGCAAAUAAGCGUCACAGGUCUCUAGUUUUACUUCUGCAAGUUUGAAGGCAAUCGUGACCUUAGAACUCGCUGCACAAAUUGCUGGACAAAUUUAACCUUAAAAUGCUACGCUAACACAUUUGUGAAAGUUGACGCACGAAUAGAGGUAGAGUGCCGACACACUAUCUCCUAUCUGAAAGGAUAUUCCUACCUAAAGCUUUAUUGCAAGAAACAGAGUAAUCAGAAACCUACGGCGAACAUAGUUAGCACUACAAGAAGAACAACUUUAUGCUGAGUGCGCGGUAAUAUUAAAGAACUUCUAUUCAUUAAACUUAUUUUGUAUUUGUCCCUCUCUUUUGGAAACAAAUCUUAACAAAGCAAAAUAUAGCGUUUACGAAAAACUGUCAAGAGUUUUUAGCGUCGCAGGUUCCCGUUUUGAGGAGAAAUGAAGCCACCAACUCCAGUACUUCUAACCAUACAUUUUUCAGCUGCAAUCAAGAAAACCCUUGUAUUUGGUAAUUUAUUCAAGCUUUCUAGACUUGCCAUCACAUUCGCACGGGACGUUUACCACUUGGGAAUAAAGAUGAAGACAAAUAUGACAAUCGUCUUAUUCUUCUCAUUAUCCCCAACAGCAAACUGCCCGUGCGAAUGUGAUGGUAAGUCUUAAAAGCGUGAAUAAAUUAUAAUAAGUCAGAUGUCUUAUUAACAGAUACAGUAAAAAUACUAUUUGAACUUCACAUAAUUAUUGAUAUAUAGUCGUUCUUAAAAACUUAUCGAAUCACUGAUAUAGUUAAAAUGAGACUGAAAUAUAUUGGUUCUUAAAAAACUCAAAGAAUUACUGACUCUGAAGAUUUUUCUUUUUAUAAAACUGGUAAAAAAUGACUCAGUAGUUUCCUUAGUAACUAUAGUGAGAUCUGCAGAGUUGUGAAAAUUGUGAAAUAAUUUUAAAAGAUUGGAUAAUGCCUUAGAAUAAAAUCCGAGCUAUAGGAUAAAAUAUAAGAUUAGAAUUAAGUAAAGGAAAAUGUUAAAUUCCCAUAAAAGAUUUUUAACUUAGUGAAAGUAUGGCUCUGAAGAUCACCUAUAAAAAUUUUUUUAGGGAAUAAAAUAUAAGGUGUAACAGAAAUACAAGUUACAAAUAAAAGGGAGGGUGAAAGAAAUGUACAAGAUAAGAAUCUUCACAAUGAAACUAUUAUAAGAAAUAUAACUUGAAAUAUUUCAAAAAUGUAAUUGAAAGAGAAUUUAAAUGGUUAGUUGUUAGUCGUUCUUUUGUGUUCGUUGACGUUAAUAUAAGCAAUAUAACUUGUAAUUUUAAAAAAUUUUAUCGAAAGAGAAUUAAAAUGGUUAGUUGUUAAUUGUUAGUCGAUCUUUUUUGUCCGUUAAGGUAUAGCCAUUCUUCACAGUGUAAAUCGAAGUAGAACCAGAUAUGCGACUUGCUGUCCAUGUUGCUGAGUGGGAAAUCUAGUUGACGAGCACGUUUUUCGGCCCAGUUUUUGUCUCUAGUCCAGUGUUGUGAUGUGAGGAUCCAAUGUGAAAUCAGGUGUGGUGAACAGCCAUUGCCAAUUAAGAAUAAAAACAGUUUGAAUGUGUCCCUUGUCGCUGAUUUGUUUUUUCCAGAAAAUUAACUUAAACUCUAAUGGCCAAACAGAAAGUGGAUAAAAAGCGUCGCCGUUGAAUGAAUUAAAAAGUUGAAGUCGUUGCUGGAUGAUUGAUGUGUGGGAGAGGUUGGGGAGAUGGUGAUGGUAAAAGUGGAGUGUAGAGUGUUUGUUAUCCAUAGUAGAAAUUAGUAAUACACGUUUUAAUGUCAACAGUCUUUGAUGCAAAAUGCUGAAUAUUUCGCACUCGACAAAGGGCUAAUUAAAAGAAGGAAGCCAAGAAAAAAAGGGAACGGAGACGGGAAUCACAAGAGGCGGGAGGUCUGGACCCUCCUUCCCUUCAAACUAGAGUGUAAUUAAGAUUUUUAUUUUAGGGAACACGUAAAAUGUCAACGGUUCAUGUUUGAUGGUGUAAAGCCCCCGAGGUCCAACCCCUUACCCAGUUGUAUACCAUUUUUACCAAAAAGGUACCUCUUUCAUAUAUAAUAUACCUUCCAUUCAAAAAUGCUACCCCUUCAACAGUGCCUUAAUCCUUAAUCCGUGGCCAUAUAUAUCCCAAUAUCGACCAAUACCCUUUACGUGAAAUGUUUUUUUUAUGAAACUAAAGUCCCAACAGUACUUUUCAUACCAUUAGCUACUAAGGAAGCGAUGGAGACGGAAACAGGAAUAAAUACUCCAAACUAAUACAUAGAUUUGUUUUAGGAGCGGAUGUUAUUUCCACGGUUGGUCGAUAAUUUUUAAUUUAAGACUAAAGAAUGACUUGAUUGAUAGAGGCGUCUAUUCCUUUCUAGUGAUUCAGUCACGUCUCCGUACGGAUCAUGAUCAAGUUUAUUUUUUGUAUAAUUUCAUCAAUUUUUUGAGACCCAAAACCAGCAAACAAGUGUUUUUACUGUAAGACACAGGACGAAUUCACUGGAAACUCAAAAGUUGUCGACAUGCAGAGAAAUUCUAAGUGUGUGUUACCUAUACUUUUAACGAGGUCGUGGGGAUUGAAAUCAACAUUUAUUAUAACUGACGCUUUCAAAGAAACCAUCACGGAGAUUGAAAAUUACUGAUAUGAUGAUCAGGACCGCUGUUAAGUCUUUCGGCUUUCCAUCGAUCAGCUUGAGCGUACAAAAUGGCCUCUUCAGUUUUAAUUGUUUGUUCCUUCCAUUCAAUACAUUUUAUCCUUUGUCAUUAGUAAGUCAACCAACGAAAACACAAUGGCCCACAAGGAAUAAAAACAAAAUUCCAAGAAUAUUCUUAGACUGGUAACUUUAUAACACAAAUAGCGGCCAGUCAACAGUCUUAGUGAAGUUCAGUUCAGUUCAGUUCUUCGUGACAAUUUAUAACGCGCCGCAGUCUUUUCGGUUUUACUCCGGCAGCGGGUAAAGCCUUCGAUACAGAAGAGGUAAGGGUAAAAACUCUAUUUAAACUGUUUUUAAAAACAAUUAUACAUCUUAUUUUCCGCAGUGUUAAUUUAUGCGCCGUUGUCUGAGCAAACUUUUAACAGUUAUUUACUCAAAUUGGAUUGAAGUUCAAAUUCCAACUUGUGAAAUGAAUGAGUAGACUUCUUCCCAGUUUUACACUCUAACUUCAUUGUUUACUAACGAUUUAACCGAUUAAUAUGAUUUUUGGCACCCUUAAUAAAAAAUGGUCAACGGUUAUUUAUUUUAUAUAGAAAUGUUCGAGAUAUCGGCAUAUAUUUAAAACCGAAUUUUUACAAAAAAAUGUAAAUAUCUUUGAAAUCACAUACCACAGACUUUUCCCCAACUCCCGAGCACUGAAUAAGCCUCACUUAGGGCUCUCAAGUUUUAUAUCUGCAAGUUUAGGGUCAAUCGUGACUAUACAACUCACUGCACAAAAUGCGCUGGUCAAAUUUAACCUGCUACGCUAACACAUAUAUUUUGUCGCACAAAUAGUGGAAUAGUGCCGACGGACUAUCUUAUUUUGCAAGAAACUAAGUAAUCGGAAACCUACGGCGAAUACAGUUAGUACUACAAGAAGAACAAAUUUAAAUAUGCUGAAUGCGGGCUGAGAUUAAAGAAAUUAAAAUGGAGAACCUCUAUUUAUCAAACCUUAUCACAUGCCCAAAUAUUAAUACAGUCGAACCUCUCGGUACGGACACCUUUCUAAUACUGACACCUCUCAACCUCUAUAAUACAGAUUCUCUCUAAUACGGACAACGGACACUAAAUUUCGGCCCCAGAGAAAAAAAUUCAUAUAAACUUAACCUCUUUAUUACGGACGCUGCGGUGAUCAGGCGAAUCGCGAAUCCCGAAUCCCGAUUUGAUCAAUCGAUCUUUACAGGGUGAAUCCCGUCUAGUCUGCCGUGGUGAGCUAUGCAAGGUGAUAUAAAACCCAGUCGCUGUAUACUAAACAACCAUUUGCGAAAGUUGUGCAGAGGAACAUAACCGACUUUUUGAAGGCUUCAAUAACUAUAGAUAGCAUAAAUACCUUUUCUAUUACAUUUUGUACUGUAGUUACUGUUUACUGCCUUUGCAAAAUAGCGAAAGACGCUUUCAUUUUAAAACAGUAAUUUGUCUAUCUGUUGCUGAUGUUGUUUGCUACAAUGUUGUUUGCUACUGAAAGACAGUGUCUUUGUAUUGUGAAUUAAUAACUUAAAAUACAGUUUAAAGACGAGUGUGAGCCUGGUUUGACUGUAAUUGGAGUCACAAAAGUGACGUCAUCAUAGUGACCUCUUUUUAUACGGACACCUCUCCAAUACGGACUUUUCGUUCUGUCCCUUUGGUGUCCGUAUUAGAGAGGUUCGACUGUAAUGUAAACUGAUAAGUCAGACUUUAGUUUACCCCUUCUUUCACAGAAGCACGUAAAUGCUGAAGCAAAAUUAAUGCCUUUCGAGAGAAACUACUGGAAUAUAAGGAAAAUUUCAAGGGUAUUUAGAUUUAGUGUCUCCUUUGACUCUUCUCACUGUUAAAAAGAACGACGAAGAGGAAUUAUUUGAUCGUUAAGUGUUGGUGAAUACAUAAUUAUGGGAUGGAUCGUGCUGCUUAGACUGCGAACACAGACGCAGGGUAAUCGCGCCUGCAGAGAGCUCGUCGGUGGAUAACAACAACAAGAAAUAGUAAUAAUAAUAAUAACAAUAAUCAACUUUAUUUAACGAGGGUAACAGGGGACAGUCCGGAAGGGCUUGUUUGCUUUACGAUGAAGAAAGCAGCUCACCAGCCAAAAACGAGCCGCUCGUUUGAUGAAGUGUGUAUAUAAGUGGCCCUGCAUUCUAUAGCUGUUAUAUAUCGACUCCUAUUUAUAGAACUCGCAAACAUGCAUAGAACUGAAGUAUAGUGCAUGACAGCAUUUUACCUUUCGACAAGGUGUUUUAACAGUAGUUCUUUAUGAUUCUGUGGAAAUCUCGGAAAUUUAAUGAAGCAUCAGGCAACAUAGCAGACUAAUAUUUCUGAGUAGCUUGUUGAUUUUCGGAUGAAUUAAAUAUUUCAAUAAAAUCACUUUAUAGUUGAUAAUUACCCAGUACUAUGAUCUACUAUGCGAGUGGCUUGUUUACUUGCCCCGAGAGAAACGGGCCGGAUACCCUACUUUCUUCCCUUCUGCUGAAAAAACAUAAUCGUUCUAAGAAUCUUUAAACUCUUAAACCUUUAAACCGUCUUCGAACUAUAGCUGGCACCUAUAGAUUUAGCUAGGCUUCCAUCAUGCCUGACGUUGUCUCUUAUAUAUCUCCUUUUUCUUUUCAAAAAAAAAAAGACACGAAUGAUUGCAAGUUAGCGGGAUUGAGACUGGGAUUGAUAGCAAGUUAUCAGACCACCUACCCACCUUCUGUUUCAUUAGAAGACAGACAGCAAGGCUAAAACCAAAGAGAUUCUUCAGGGACUAUUCAAAUUUUGACCCUGAGACCUAUCUGAAUGACAUAAAGUCAGCCGACUGGAGUAGCAUACUAAAUGACCCAGCCGACAUCCACACUAAAGCCAGCAGCUUUGUCGAAAAACUUAAAGGCAUAGCCAAUAAACAUGCGCCAAUUAAACGCAUACCCCGCAGCCGUCCAAAACAAAAGAUUCACAAACCCUGGAUAACAGAUACCUUAUUAAAUUCUAUAAGAAACAAACAGAAAAUGUAUCGCACGCACUUUCUUUCUAACGAUCUAGACAAGGUAGCUUACUAUAAAAAAUACUCAAAUACUCUGAAUAAGCUGAAAUGGACCUGUAAGUCACCCUACUAUAAGCAACAAUUUGAACUAAACAAGAACAACCCAAAAAAUACAUGGAAGUUAAUUGGCACCAUUAUAAACAGGAAGCCUAAAGGGCACACUGUACCAGCAAAGUUACUCUACAAUGGACAAACCUACACCAACAAACAUGACAUUGUCAAUCAGUUCAAUGAGUACUUUAUAAAUAUUGGUCGAAAUUUGGCAUCUACAACUCACUCAAGUAUAAAACCUGAUGGAUCCUGAUGCUUUCCUCACAGCAACUCAUAGUUCUAGUUUUUUUCUUUCCCCUGUGGAUUCAGCGCAAGUUGUCGAGUUAGCACUAUCUGGCCUUGAUAGACACAAAGCCACUAUAGAUAUCCCUAACUAUCUAAUCAAGAUUGCCAACAAUCUGCUUUCAACUCCCCUCACAAACUUAUUUAAUGAAUCAAUUGAAUCAGGUAUUGUCCCAGAUAUUUUCAAGAUCUCAAAGGUUACCCCAGUCUUUAAGACUGGUACAGUGACAGACCCUGGCAAUUACCGUCCCAUUGCUGUCCUCUCUCCGUUUGCUAAAAUCCUUGAAAGACUAGUGUACAACCAGCUAAGUCAUUUCCUAGAAAAGGAAAACAUUCUUUUUAAACACCAAUUUGGCUUCAGGAAAAAUUAUUCUACUGAGCAAGCAAUUCUUGAACUCACUGACAAUCUUAAAAUGAAAAUUGACAGCAAUGAAGCUAUAUGCAGUAUUUUUCUUGACCUAUCUAAAGCCUUUGAUACUGUCAACCAUCAGAUCCUACUACAGAAAUUAUACAGAUACGGGAUCCGUGGUGUCCCUCUGCAGUGGUUUAAAAGCUAUCUUGAAAGCAGAACACAGUAUGUUGAAGUUGAAACCAAUGUGGUGUACAGCAAGGUUCUGCCCUUGGCCCACUUCCGUUUUUGAUACACAUCAAUGACAUGCCCAAUUGUUUAGAAAAGGCAAAUAUUAGAACAUUUGCUGAUGACACCACUCUCUUCUACUCUUCCAAUUCUCUACAGGACCUUGAAAAAACUAUAAAUGAGGAAUUCAACCAUCUUCUUAGCUACUGCUCAGCUAAUAAACUUUCUGUAAACUUUAAGAAAACCCAACACAUGACAAUCUCCUCCCCCCCAAAAGCAAAUAAACUUAAGCUUAAUUUAUGCAACGUUGAAGAAAAGAACUACAUCAAAUACCUAGGUAUCUACAUUGACCAAAAUCUAAAUUGGGCUCCCCACAUUCAGCACAUAAACAACAAAAUAUCUAAAAACGUGGGAAUCCUUUUCAGAUUACCCCAUUUCUUAACUUUAAACACCCUCAAACAAAAUUAACAUAUUACUCACUUAUCUACCCCUACCUUCAUUAUGGAAUUAUGAGUUGGGGAAACACAUCCAAGUAGAUUAACUAAAGUUCAAACAAAACACGCUGCAUAUUUUUUACCCAUAAAUUAUAGAGAAAGUAGUGAACCCUACCUCAAACUUCUAGAUAUACUUAACAUAGAUAGCAUUUUUUAACUCAAAAUCUCCUUGCUAGCUCACAAAAUCUCACAAAAUGAAGCCAAUAUCCCUGAAGUGUUUCAAAACUACUUCGUAAAGGUGUCUGAUAUUCACUCACACAAUACCAGAUAUGCCUCAAAUCUCAACUUUCAUGUACCACGUGUAAGGUCAAAUUACGGCAAACACACAUUUAAGUUUGCCAUAACCAAAACUUGGGAAGAGAUUCCUACUAAGAUAAAAGCACUUAGCUACCAUAAGUUCAAAAAAGAAUAUAAGCGAAUUCUAGUUAACUCUCAAAGGUAACAAUAUUGUAAUAUGACUGUCUCACAUAACCUGACUGCUGGCAUAAUCGUCCAUAGUUGCCAUGGCACCAGGCGCAUAUUUAUUAUGUAUUUCCAAUCAUAAUAUAGCGGUGGUUAGCUCGAAAGCUAAGCUCCGCUGACCACCGUACACUUCUACCCAAGCCAUUAAUUUUCUUUUUUUUCCUUCUUCUUCUCCUUUAUUAGUGUAUUCCUACCUUACUAUUUAUAAUGUAAAUAUUUUAUAAAGUGUGAAUAAUAAAAUUGAAUUGAAUUGAAUUGACUUGAUCGCGCUUGACUGCUUUACACGGGUUUUCUGCUUGUUUUUGUCCGGCAGAAAUGUGCUGAUUUUUUCCUGUUCAACAAAAACUUAUCUUUUUAUUUUACAGAGCGUUGUUUGGAGUUCAGACAUGUCCUCGAUUGUAACAUCUGUAUUUAAUGCCACCAUCGGUUGGCUCGUGAAUAAAGGAAGAGAUGUGACAGCAGAGAGGCUGAAAGAAGGGGACGUGGCGGAUCAAAAAAUCCGUGAUUUAAUCGUUCGUGAAGUGGAAGAUAUCAAGUCGAAGUUGGAAGGAUUAUCAAGAAAGGAUCUUCUGACAGCUGUAGACUCCUUUCAAACAGGGAUCAGGUAUUUAUUUGAAGCAUUCGAUGUAAAACCCAGUAGCCAAGCCAAUGUGGAAAUCACAGACGAGAAUCUUAGCGAACAUGACUUAAAAGAAGCAAUGAAGACAGUUUCUGUCGCCGCGGAAAUGGGAAAGUUAGAAAAAACGGAUUUCAACGAAACGAUGAAAAACUUCUUUUUUCAAGCCAAAAAGAGAUUCGAAACGGCUCGUAACGAAGCAACAAAAGCCUCCAACAACGAAGCUCUGAAGAUCUUCGAUCGGAUCACAGCCAUUCGAUAUCGUGUCAUGGCAACCGUAUUAGAGUCAGUGGUAGAGACGGUGGGAACUGCGGGCGACAUGUCGCCUUCAUCCUUAAAAACUGCAUUGACCAAUGCAUUACCUGAGUGCGAAGAAUGUCUUCAGAAACUCCACUCCUUUCCAGCUGUUCAGGAUAACUUUAAAGUGGAGCUAGAUAAAGCUGUCCUUAAUGUCAGAGGUCGGUAUGGUAAAGAUGAACGAAGAAAGAUAAUUUCCACGGUAUGCCAGAUAAAUCGUGCCAUCUACAAUGCAACACGAGCAGUUGGAAGAGACGCCUUGGUCUGGCCAUUUGUCGACACUGGAGAAGACAAAGUUGAUCCUCUGCGCGAUGGAAGAAUAUCAAAGGUACUGCACAAAGUUAAGAUGGAGCACUGCAGUUUACUAUGGUCAUUUGGUCAGGAGGGUGAAGAGGAGCACAAACUGAAGGAUGCGUGGGGUAUCGCUACAAACCAUAGAGGACAAUUCCUGAUAGCAGACAAUGGGGAUAAAACCGUGAAGGUGUUUGAUAGCAACGGAAAGUUGGAUUUUAGGUUUAAUCCUCAAACUGAUGACGCCGAUACAAAGUUAGAUAUUUUGGAUGUCGCCACUGCAGGCGAGGACGACAGGAUUUAUCUUCUGGUCGGACUGAAGAAGCCUGGGGCUGAGGAAUGGGAGAAUGAAGUGCAGGUUUUUAACAAGACUGCUGACCUACAGCACAAGUUUCCUGUGAGGAGGAGAGGGGUCUGGGGCAGACUAACAGUGACCAGCGGCAAAAAACGCGGCAAAAUUCUGCUGUUGACAGGUGACGUGUUGAUAGGUGAUGACGUUGUUGAUAUUCAUGAGUCGAGUGGCGAGUUCGUUUGUAGCUUUGGUGGAGGAGUGUUCAAGGAUGCACAAGAUAUCACUGCUACUUGUGAUGGUCGCGUCAUGAUAGUGGACCGAGGCGAUGACAGUUUGUACAUAUUUGAUGUGGAGGGACACCAGCUUGGCAAAUUUAAUAUCAAACAUGAGAGAGAUGUCUAUUAUCGCAUUGCAUAUCACCCGGCAAGUGCAGACCAUGUUGUCCUUGCUGGUCGUGAACGAGAGACACUCCGCCUGACGCUGGCUAUAUACACU